AUGUCAGAUACAAAAUCUGAGGAUCACUACGACAAUAAGGACCAACUAAUGGAUGACGAAGAUGCAAAGUGUUCUGAUCCGGAGAAGAAAGAUCCUUCAACCUACGAAGAACAAGAGGAGGAAGCACUCAAGAAAAAGUAUGGAGGGUUGAAACCUAAAAGACCACCACUGAUAUCCAAGGACCAAGCUUUCUUUGAUUCUGCAGAUUGGGCACUGGGAAAGGGAAUACAGAAGAGCAAAGGACCAUUUGUCGCACUUCGUCCCAAAUUGCAGCCAUCGCCCCACCAUCAUAUUCGAUCAAGGCGCUCAACUUAUGCUCUUGAAGCUGAUGAUGAAGGUCAUGAAGAGAGCAAUGACAGCUGCACCCUUUCUGAUAAGGAUCAAAGCAGGAAUGGACAAUCUGAAGAUGUUCAUCCAGAUAAUCCAAGUCACUGUGAAGAAACCAAACUUCCCGGUGAGCAUGAAUAUGUGUACACAUCAACCAAAGUUCCUUUCCCAGGAUAA